UGUCGCAAUUUUCACUUUAAACGAUGAAAUGAUGACAUGCCAAUAUCCAAGGAGAAGAAUGCAAUACACGGGCCUAUUAUAUAUGUGACAUGUGCCGAUGACUGAAAUGCAUAGACUCUAAACAUGUUUGGAAAAAUCUUUUAUCUGCUAUUUGGGGUUGUGGCGCGCCACGUGGAAAAUGAGGUGUCUGCCCUGCCUGUGUCAUCAAAUUCCAGCAAGAAUUGUACCAAAGCCAACCAAUACCUGGACAUGGACUUGAACCUCUGCUGUGAAAUGUGUGCACCAGGGACGCGCCUAAAGAUGAGGUGUAGCCAUGAGUCGGACACAGUCUGCGAAGCCUGCCAGCCGGGCUUCUACAGUGAGAAGAUGAAUUACUACCCUAACUGCUUCAGGUGUCCACAGUGCCGAGAAGAUCGAGGCCUGCAGUACGCCCAAGAGUGCACUGCGUCCUCCCCAGCCGUGUGCAUGUGCAAGGAAGGCAUGUUCUGCACAUUCAGAGGCCACGAUCACCAGUGCAAAGAGUGCAGGCAGUACACACUCUGUGCACCAGGACAUGGGAUCUCUCUGGCAGGAACCUCUGACUCAGAUGUCCGGUGUAUGAGCUGUCCUAUGGGAACGUUCUCCGACACAACAUCCUACACUCAAAGAUGUCAGCUGCAUACAGACUGCAGCUCUCAGGGGAGGGAUGUUCUGCAGCUCGGCAAUGACGAGUCGGACACCAAAUGCGGACCCAGUGUGAGCCCCCCCCCGGCACAUGACCCCAGCACCGCUUAUACCUCCACUGCCGUCACACUCACAUCAUCUGUUACCCACUACGCCGGAUCAAGUCUCACUAAUGCCAGUGAAACAGUAUCCGGGUCGCACAUCACAAACUCCCAGAGCAUCCCAUGGGUUAUAGUUCCUGUUUCCGUAGUAGGAGCAGUUACAGUACCUGCCAUAGUUGCAGUGUUGAUCUUCAUCGCCUGGACGCUCAGCAAGAAGAGAGCAGGCACAAGCAGCGAUGGGAUGCCUCCUUUCUUAACCCUUCACAAAGGUUUGGGCCUACAGAAAGGUGGUCCAAGCAGCGUCCUCAAGUCCCACCUGCUGGGACAUGCCCAGCCCCAUUCCUCCAGUCUGCACUCCUCAGGAAAAGCCUUGCUGGGACCUCAGAGUAGCAUCACGGGUGGAAAGUCUCUCACUUCCUCAUCUUUGUCCCAGUUUCCGGAUUCCUGUGGAGAAGGUCAUGGUCUGGUGGAGUCAUGCCAGUCAGCUGCUUCACCAUAGACAUGCAGUCACGGCAAAUGUCAUACAUGCCAGUCCUAAAAAAGAGCAGAAUGACCAGUCUGGACACAUUAACAAGAUUACUUCUUAUGGGAAAACUGGAGUAUUAUAUACUAUAAUACAUUUUGAAUAUAUGGAUGGGUGCUCUGCAUAAUGCAAAGUCCAUUUUACUAUAUUGUUGACUGUAUACCUGUCUCUCUGAAGUGGAUUUUUUUUUUUAUGUGUGUGUGUUUGAUAACCGUUUAUCAAAACUUGCCUGAAUUAUCAGUUUCUUUUUGGAAAGUCAAUCUGAAGUCUGAAAUCAGCUUUGUUUGUAAUCAGUAUUUGACAGUAGUCACUAAAUGAUUUAUGUUGCGAAAGAUAUGUAUGUUUUAUAAAUAUAGGGUAAUGCUGGAGUGUACUGAUACUGUCAUGUUCGAAUGUUUUUCGUUGCGUGUUAAAUUGUUAAAGAGGAGUCAUUGCUCCAUCUAGUGGUGACCAUAAAACAUUUUUGGUUUCUUUUUUUGUCUGUUAUUUUGCUAAGUCAAUGUAGCUGUUAAAAAGACAUAAAAUAAGUUGUGUUACAAAGUUAAUAUUUUUUAUUUUAUACGUUACUUAUUUUUUAUAAAAUAAUAUUUUAAUAAAUUAAAGUAAACUUUAAAAUAUUUCUCAUUGAGAUGGGGUGGGAAUAACAUUGUAAUCUCUCAUGUUUAGAUCUGAUAUUUUGUAUGUGUAUUUGUAAGUUUUAAGUUGUGUAUAGACAAUUCUCUUGGUUUAAAAAUCUGAUGGGCAGAUGAUUGUAACAGAUAUUUAUAUAGGCCUGUAUCAUAACCAUGUGGAUUAUCUUAGAGCUACAUUUGUGCCUUAAAAUAUACAUUGCAUUUGUAGUCAUUAAGUGAUGACGCAAAAAAAAGCAAACAGCAAAAUGUUACUUUCACUGGAAUCUGUUCCUUUGUAUUAAGCGGCGAGAACACCACUUCUGGUUUGUACAAACUGCACACCUCGCCCCAUUUCGGCUUCCUGUGGUCGUUUUUGCGUGUGGCUUCCUGAACAGAGAGCUCAUGCUGGUUAGAGAUUAAGAACCCCAAAAAAAAAGUAUUUUUUUCAAG